AUGCACAUGAGAAUGAAUGGUAACUCAGUGGGCCUACUCCUAAAUAACUUCUCCCCAUGGAGAUCAAAAGUCGUGCCUCCAUUGCCACCUCCUUUCUCUCUGCCAACGAUAUCACCGAGUGUAGGGCAGCCCGCAUGGUUUGGAAGUCGGGAGUGGCUUCAUACUCACACCCCUCUGCUACCUCUGCCUCCUCCGCCUCCGCCACCACCACCGCAAACGCAACAGAUAGGCGAUCUUUGCUCGGUGAUGGCGAAUGCUGCGCGGGUCUCUUCACUGUCUCCAUCGUCGGUAGCACAAAGCUCCGAUAAAAGUCUAAAUCUUUCCUCUAAGCAAUCAACUGAGGAUUUAGCCAAUUCCCCGAACCCGGUAUCCUAUUCCUCCGCCCCGAAAACCUUCAAGCUUUCCCACUCAAUCGAUCGCCUUCUCGCCGACUCGCCACCUCCUCCACCACCACCGUCACCGCCUCCACCGCCUCUAGAACCCAGUCCACCAAGUCCCUCCAUGGUUUCCUUUGAUCUCUGGAUGCGGAAUCUCCUGACUCUCCGAAAUCCAAUCCUCACCUCUUCCGCAUCGCUUCAACCACCACAGCCAGCAGCACCCCCACCACAACCAUCGCAACCGCAGUUUCAGCCCUCCUCCGCGAAGCCACCCACUUUCAGACGUCGAGAGGGUCGCAUGACCUACGAGUGCUCGGUGUGUGGAAAAACAUUCGGCCAGCUCUCCAACCUCAAGGUACAUCUGCGCGUGCACACGGGCGAGAGGCCCUUCACAUGCUCCAUUUGCGGCAAAGGUUUCACUCAGCUGGCACACCUGCAAAAACACCAUCUGGUGCACACAGGAGAGCGGCCGCAUGAAUGUCAGGUCUGCCGCAAGCGCUUCUCCAGCACCAGCAAUCUGAAGACGCAUCAGCGCUUGCACAGCGGGGAAAAGCCAUUCAGCUGCAAACUCUGUCCUGCGCGAUUCACCCAAUUCGUUCAUUUGAAGUUGCAUCGCCGACUGCACACGGAUGGAGAGGCAAAGAUGUUUGGCUGUCCCGGCUGUCAAAAGAAGUAUGUCACACCAAAUGGCUUAAAAGCCCAUUGGCGCACAGCUGGAGGCAGGAGGUGCUGCAUGUCGCCAGGGGAAAGAGAGAAACAGAAGGAGGCCCCCUAG